AUGCAUUACUCAGCCAUCGUUUUCUCCCUCCUCGCCUCCACCGGCGCAUUGGCAGCCCCAUAUUACAGCACGCUCGACAACAGCAUCAAGGUUGUGCUCGGCGACCUGGCCGGAACCUACGCCGACCUCGAGAUAAGCUUCACCGAGGGCAUGGCACACACAGUGACACCCUCGUUCAGCGGCCCGUUCUCCACCGUUGCUCUUCAACUCGGCAAUGAUGUCGUGCAACAAGACCUCCGCUGCAAGGUCGUCGACGAUGCCGGCAACGACAUCGUCGUCGUCCGCGGCAACAACACGGAUGUGACCUUUAGCGACGCUGCCAAGGGCGCCUGGACACUUCCGGACGCUGCCGUGAUCGGCAACGUGAUCUGCGACCCUGAAUUUGAGAAGAUCACCCCCGAGGAGCUCGCGGCCGGCUCUACCCUUCGUGUCGUCCUCCAAAGCCAGGCCCUCGAGCUCGGCUCCCAGACUGAGCUGACACCCGGAUGGCGCGAUGAGCAGUACCCCAUCGGCUCGAACGGACCCUUUGAGACCGUCGAGCUUCGCGUCGGCAAGUUCGUGGCAAAGAAGGACUACCGCUGCCAGAUCCUCGAUACCAACGGUAACGCCAUCAUGCUCCAGCGCGGCGCUGCCUCCGCCAACACUUUCAGCGACCAGGGCAAGGGCGAGUGGAGUCUCGACUUCAUCAGCUCCGUCAGCUCCAUCAUCUGCGACCCUACCUUCGUGAAGGAGGCGUAA